AUGGCAGAACAAGUUAAUCAACGAAUUGAGGGAAUGAUAAAUGAGUUGGAGCAAAUGAGAAGGACGAAUUUAUAUGAAGACGAUGAAAUAAAAGAAAUAUCACGUAAGCGUAAAGAGUUUGAAUACAGGAUACAACGCAGAGUAAAAACCAAAGAUGAUUUUGUUCAUUACAUAGCUUACGAGCUAGCUUUACUUGAAGAUAUUUCGCUUAGAAGGAAGCAAGCUAAACUUACUGAGAAAAAAAAUGACAUAGAAUAUGCAAUAGCAAAACGCUUAAACAAGGUGUUCAAACAAUUUAUCUACAGAUUUCAAAAUGAUGUUGAGAUUUAUUUUGAAUACAUUAAAUUUUGCAUUAGUGUUGGCUUUGAUCAUGCGGUGUCCGGUAUUAUUGGUCAGAUGUUACAGAUUCAUGGUGACAAGCCUAAAAUGUGGCAAAUGGCUAGCAAAUGGGAAAGCAAAGAACAGAAUAAUUUUGAAAAUGCCAGGGGUUUCUUACUUAAAGGAAUUCAUAGACAUCCAGAAUCAGACAUUCUGUAUUUGGAUCUUUUUGAAAUUGAACUUAUGCUUGCAUUUAAAGCAGAAGAUGAAAAAGAUAAGGAAAAGUAUCUUAAAAGAGCUGACAUUGUGUGGAGAAAUGGUAUGAAAAAUCUGCAGGAUAUUUUAUUUCUGUUUAAAAUUUGUAAUCUCUCAAUGAAAUAUGGAAUUGACCAAUCACUAAGCAACAGUAUUAAAGAGGAGAUAUGGUCAAGAAAAAAUGACAGACAGAUAUGGAUGUACAUUGCAUCUAAAGAAUUGGAAGGUUAUCAUUGGGAUGAGAUUGAAGAAUUUAUUGACGAUGAGUACCAUUUCCCAAAAGAAAUAAAAAAUUAUAUUUGUAUAUACGAGGAGGCACUGCAACAGUUUCCAGAUGAAAAAUUGUGUACAAACUACAUCCAUGGACUACUGAAACUAAAUGAUACAUUGUGUACAGAUCAACAAAAGAUUAAUGCUGUUAAACAUGCAUGGUAUUAUGGUCAUGAGAAUGGUUUACUGUCAAAUGACAUGUAUGCUUUCGGUAUAGAAGUAUUAAAAUUAGAAGAUGACCUAUCUACUGAAGAGCUUAUGAAGAUAAUAGAGACAGCACUUGCCAAAAAUCCACAUGCAAGGUAUUUAUGGGAAGAAAAAUUACUGUUAUACAAAACUAAUGAAAUAAAACAGUUAUCAAUUCUACAGGAAGCUGCGAAAAUUUUAAAGCAAAAUGAUUACUUGUAUCUAUGGAAUUUAAUGUUGGAUAAUAUUGAAACACAGGAAGCUCUGCAAAAUUGCUACGUGAAGUUUAAAAAAUGUGAGGAUGCUGUACUGCUAGCAAUUAAACCUAAGCUUCUCAACAAAAUGUAUGAAAAAUGUGGACUAAAAGCAGCAAGGGAUUUAUAUGAGGAAUUUAUAAGAACCCCACCUACACAAACAGAGGUUCAUAUGGUCAUGAUAAGAAUAGAAAGGAUGCAAGAAAAACCUAAUUUAAAAAAUAUUAGAAAAUAUUUUGAAUGUUUAAUUCAGCAUCAUGGCACGGAAAAUGGCCAAGUUUGGAUUGAUUAUAUAAAUUUUGAAAUUCAAAGUGGAAGUGCUCAAAAUGCACCAGCAAUAUACAGGAGGGCAGUAGCUACAUUGAAAAAGGAAUUAGUUGAUGAAUUUAUUAAAAAUCAAACAAUGUCUCGAAUAAAGUAG